AUGUCCGAAUCAGCCCCAACCUCAAGCGCACCAGCACCAGCACCAGCACCAGCAACAACAUCCACCACCAACCCUCCACCUCCCUCUACCACAAAUACCGCGCCCACCACCACCACCACCACCAACAACAACAACAACAACAACAACAACAACAAUAACCAAACAGAUACAGCGCAGUCCAAUGGCAGCGCAUCCGCAGCCCCAAAUGGAGGCGUAAACGGGAGUUCAGGACCGGGGACGGGGUCGACGACCGCGUCAGGGAGCGCAAACCGCGGUCUUCCCUACUACGAGAAACUCCGGCGCGAGUUACGCGACACAAUUCAAAAGAAGCGCAUGAUGGAUAAGAGCAUGUCCCAACUCGAAGACCAAAUCUUCCGCUUCGAACAAUCCUACCUCGAAGAAACAACAGCCGGCAACAUCAUCAAAGGCUUCGACAACUACAUCAAGGGCUCCUCCAGCGGCGGCCUCAGCGGCGCGGGCAGCAGUCUCGGCGGCGGCGCGGGCGGCGGCAGCGGCGGCAUGGCGCUGGGGACGGGCGUCGCGCGACGAAAGGCGCAGGUUACGGAUGCGGAUCGGGUGUUUUCGAGGAGCUCGGCGGGGUUUAUGAGGGACUCACCCCCCUCCUCAGCCCAGACGACCCCCUCCCACGCCGCAACACCCACAUCAGCCUACAACGCCAACACCAACGCCGUCAACAGCAACAGCAACAGCAACGCCAAAGCAAGCGGCAGCAGCGCCACCACCAAAGACAAAGACGCGGGCGAAGUGCGCGGCCCGUCCAAGGCUAAUAAGAAGAAAUCUUCCUCAUCUGGAGGAGGCGGAGCGAACCGCGGCAAGGCGGGGAAUAGCAACAAUAAUGAUGUUGAUGAGGAAGAGGAUGGGAAGCCCCCGUCGAAGAGGUUGAAGAUUAGUUAUGCUCGGGAGUGA